AUGGAGCAUGGCAUUGAGCGUGAUAUCCGUUAUAACUGGAGGAGGUGUAAUAGGGCUGUUGUCCAGUUACAGCGUCAAGGGUACGGCCCAAUCGUGCAAGUGCAUGGUCAGCGUAUUUAUGGGCCUCCACCUAACUGGGUUGAUCCUGUGCCUCCAAGAGGAAGUGAAGUUUUCCUUGGAAACCUUCCUCGAGAUUUAUACGAAGACGAACUGUUGCCCAUCGUGGAACGCAUUGGACCUAUUUAUAAAAUGAGACUAAUGCUAGAUUUCACAGGAACGAAUCGAGGAUACGCUUUUGUGACAUUCAAAGACCCUUACUACGCCGUGAGGGCCGUAGAAGCUUUGCAGCGCUUUGAGAUCCGACCUCGUCGCGUUCUCGGCGUGAUGCUUAGCCUCGACAACAGAAGGCUGUUCCUCGGGAACAUUCCCAAAGAGAAGACCCGCAAUGAACUGCACCGGGAGAUGUGUCGUUUGACGGAAAACGUAGAGCGAAUCAUUAUGUACUUGGAUAUUCAAAAUCGCAGUAAGAACAGAGGUUAUGCUCUGGUCGAAUACAGCACCCACCGCGACGCAGCCAUGGCCAGGAGGAGGCUGUUCUCGGAAGGAUCCGUUCUUUGGGAUGACGUGCAAGUCAACGUUGACUGGGCUGUACCAGAAUUACAUGACCUGGACCCACAAAUGAGAGAGGUAACGUAG